AUGGCGCUGGCUGGAGUAAGAGUAAUCGAGCUGGCGGGCCUGGCUCCAGCACCGUUCUGUGGCAUGAUCCUGGCCGACUUCGGGGCCAAGGUGGUCCGUGUUGACCGGACUAAGGUCGCCAUGGCUUUGGACACACAGGCGAGGGGGAAACUAUCUGUGGCCAUUAACCUGAAGACCCAGAAGGGUGUGGACUUGCUGAGGAAGCUCUGCAUCCAGUCUGAUGUGGUCCUAGAGCCCUAUCGUAAAGGUGUGAUGGAGAAGCUGGGCCUCGGGCCACAGGAGCUGCUGAAGGAAAACCCUCGGCUGAUCUACGCUCGGCUGACAGGAUAUGGACAGAGUGGGUCUUAUUCUACUGCAGCUGGACAUGACAUCAACUACCUCGCCAUGUCAGGCCUUUUAUCCCGGCUGGGUCGCAGUGGGGAGAAGCCCUAUGCUCCACUGAAUCUGUUAGCAGACUUCGCUGGCGGUGGUCUGACCUGUGCCCUGGGGAUAGUCCUGGCACUGCUGGAGAGGUCAAAUUCUGGGAAAGGACAGAUCAUUGAUGCAAACAUGGUGGAAGGAGCUGCAUAUGUGGGUUCAUUUAUAUGGAAAUCUCGUCGUAUUGGUAUGUGGGACCGUUCUAGAGGGGAGAACAUGUUGGACAGCGGAGCGCCGUUCUAUGAUACGUACCAGACUUCAGAUGGAAAAUACAUGGCUGUAGGUGCCAUAGAACCACAGUUCUACAGACAGCUACUUCAAGGUUUAGAGUUGGACCCUGCAGAAUUGCCUGCUCAGAUGAGCAUCAGUGAUUGGCCAGAGCUGCGACGGAUGUUCACGGAGCGUUUUGCCUCAAAGACCCAAGCAGAGUGGGCCGGGAUUUUUGAUGGGACGGACGCCUGCGUAACACCUGUGUUGUCUUUUGACCAGGUGAGCUCACACCCACAUAACCAGGAAAGAGGCUCUUUUGUGAAGGACUCCGAUGGGGAGGAAAGCCCCCGCCCAGCCCCGGUGCUCUCUCGGACUCCUGCGGUGCCUUGCCUCACCUCCGACCCUGUUAUUGGAGAGCACACAGUCGAGGUCUUGGACGAGUACGGCUUUAAAUCAGAAGAGAUAAAGCAGAUGUUAGCAGCUGGGGUCAUAGAGUGUAAUGCUGUCAAGGCAAAGCUGUAGAGGAACAAGUGCAUGUCUAAAAUAGAUCUGAAUAAUCUAACAAAUAAAAUAAAAUCAGUUGUUCAUACUGUACCAUGUUCACACAUACUUCAUGACAUGUUCACUGCUGUGUUCUCUUCUUUAGUGCUACUUCAGUACUAAAAAAUAAAUAAAUCAUAAUUU